CUGCUGCCCCUGCUGGUGCCGCCCGCGGGCGGCCGGGAGCCCUCCGCGCAGGACGUGAGCCUGGGAGUGGACUGGCUGACCCGCUAUGGCUACCUGCCGCCGCCCCACCCUGCCCAAGCCCAGCUGCAGAGCCAUGCAAAGCUGAGGGAUGCGAUCAAGGUCAUGCAGAGGUUUGCCGGGCUGCCUGAGACAGGCCUCCUGGACCCUGCGACAAUGGCCACCAUGCACAGGCCCCGCUGCUCCCUGCCUGACGUGCUGGGGGCUGCCGAGCUGGUGAGGCGCCGCCGUCGCCGCCGGCGGUACGCCCUGAGCGGCAGCGUGUGGAAGAAGCGAACCCUGACGUGGAGGGUCCACUCCUUCCCCCAGAGCUCGGCCCUGAGCCACGAGAUGGUGCGGACCCUCAUGCACCACGCCCUGACCGCCUGGGGCGUUGAGUCGGGCCUCAGGUUCCAGGAGGCGGGCCCUCAGAGCCCCAUGGAGCCCGACAUCGUGAUUGACUUCGCCCGGGCCUACCACCAGGACAGUUACCCCUUCGACGGGCAGGGGGGGACCCUGGCCCAUGCCUUCUUCCCCGGGGAACACUCCAUCUCUGGGGACACUCACUUCGACGACGAGGAGAUCUGGACUUACGGGUCAAAAGAUGGUGAGGGGACAGACCUGUUUGCCGUGGCUGUUCAUGAGUUUGGGCACGCCUUGGGCCUCGGCCACUCCUCAGCACCGGACUCCAUCAUGCGGCCCUUUUACCAGGGCCCGGUGGGCGACCCUGACAAGUACCGCCUGUCCCAGGACGACCGGGAAGGCCUGCAGCAGCUCUACGGGAAGGGGCCCCAAACCCCCUAUGACAAGCCCACCAGGAAACCUCUGGCCCCUCCUCCCGCACCCCCUGCCCUGCCCCCGGACAGCCCCUCCCUACCCACCCCUGACCGAUGUGAAGGCAAUUUUGAUGCUAUCGCUAACAUUCGUGGGGAAACCUUUUUCUUCAAAGGCCCCUGGUUCUGGCGCGUUCAGCCCUCGGGACAGCUAGUGUCCCCCCGCCCCGCCCGGCUCCACCGCUUCUGGGAGGGGCUGCCCGCCGAGGUGAAGGUCAUCCAGGCCGCCUACGCCCGGCCCUCGGACGGCUGCAUCGUCCUGUUCAGCGGCCCCCGGUUCUGGGUGUUCCGGGACCGGCAGCUAGAGGGCGCGCCGCGGGCGCUGGCGGAGCUGGGGCUGCCGCCCGGGGAGGCCGUGGACGCCGUGUUCUCGUGGCCGCAGAACGGGAAGACCUACCUGAUAAGGGGCCGCAGCUACUGGCGCUACGACGAGGCGGCCGGGCGCCCGGACCCCGGCUACCCCCGCGACCUGAGUCUUUGGGAAGGGGCGCCUCACGCCCCCGACGAUGUCACCGUCAGCAACUCAGGUGACACCUACUUCUGCAAGGGCGCCCACUACUGGCGCUUUCCCAAGGGCAGCGUCAAGGCGGAGUCCGACUCCCCCCAACCCAUGGGUCCCAAGUGGCUGGACUGCCCGGCCCCCAGCGCAGGCCCACGCGCCCCCAGGCCCCCCAAAGCGACCCUCGAGCCCGGAACCUGCAAUUGUCAGUGCGAGAUCAAUCAGGCCUCAGGGCGGCCGUCGCUGUGCUUCCUGCUGUCCCUUCUACCCCUGCUGCUGGGGGGCGUCGCCUCCAGCUGAGGGGGCCGGUCCUGGGCGGGGUUCUGCUGGCACGCCGCGGGUCGGGGGGCCUGGGGGCGGGCUAGCUCUGAGACUGGGUGGGCCGUGUGCUCGCCCUCGCCCUCCCAGCCCCCACAGCAUCCCCUGCACACACCAUCCCUCCCCCCACCGUUGCCCGGCUGCGCCGCACCUACAGGACGCUCCUUUUCCCGGAACAGCUGGUGUUUUUCAGAAAGCCGCGGACGACUGUAGCCCUGCCCCCACCUGGCAUUUGCUGCUCCCCAGACGGACUCCUGACCAUCCGGGACGGUA